AUGGCCGAACACAAGGACAAGUUUUACAAAUACGAUGAGGCUCUCAAACUCAAGCAUCCAAAAGAAGACGCCAUUGCAAAGACGCACAACGCACGACCAACAUCCAUGAACUUUGUCUUUGAUAGUGUAGAGGAUGCGGGUGGAUUUGCCAAGGAAGUGACCCAGGAAAAAGGUGGCGAUAAUUCCCCACCACCACCCUAUACAUCGCCUGUACGAUAUAGCAGGAAAAGACGAUGGUCAUUCACAGCAUUCUUGAGACGUAUUCGACCCCGACGACGUAGUAAUGGAAUGACGAGUAGCAACCACCACCACCAACCUUAUAUCCAUACGAUCCUUGCAUCAGGGCCCACCGGAGAUGUACUUGAUCAGGCACAGCAACAAGAUGUACUUAAUAAGAUCUUUUCCCAUCCACCUAUGCCGAGUGGUACGCCUGUGACGGAUGCUGAAGCCGCACGGAUUGCAUCUCUUGAGUACAUUUGGGUGUUUCGUCGCCAAUCCGAGCACGAGGUGCCUGUAUGGACCACUUUUGAUGCGAUGAAUCAGGUGGUGCUGAGUGAUAAUCGCUAUAGCGACAAGGGUGUUGAAAUAUUUGAUUCACAUAUACGUCAAGGUCAACUUCCAGUGUUGGUGGUUCCUCAUCGUCAGGCUGCUUAUUGUCCUAUAGACGUGGCUGGCAGUGAUAUCGCAUCUCUGGAAAUCGCUUGCUUACCCAAUUCCAAUAAUCUACAGUUUGUCUAUCGAAAACCGCCCCGACAAUAA